UAAACAGCAGUUUCUUUUCAAGAGUUUUCCAUUAUUGUAACUAAUGAAGGUCACUGAAGGGACCAGUAGAUACAGUCAAACCUGUCCAUACAGACACCUCUCCAUACAGACACCUCUCCAUAUGGACACCUCUCCAUACAGACACCUCUCCAUACGGACACCUCUCUAACAUGGACAGUUUCCUAUGUACCAACAAUGUUCUCAUCAUUCCCUCUAAAGAAAACCUCUAUAAUACAGACCCUCUCUAAAAUGGACAACGGACACUUAAUCUUGGCCCAAAGGAGCAAAUUCAUAUACAAAUUUAACCUCUUUAUUACAUACACUCUAGGGACCAAGUGUCGAUAAUGUGCAGUAUGCACAAUUUCUUGUCAGUGGUUACACAAACAUUGACACUUUAUCAUUCAAUUUAAAGUUAAUGAAUUAAUUUUUAGAUUCAGAAAUCCACAAGACGCUCUUUUUGGGCCUGAUUUUAGUUACUAAGCACUCUAAACUGUCUGUGGAGACUUUUAAAAAGUGACAUCAUCAUAUUGACCUCUCCAACAGGGACUCCUCUCUAAUAUGGACACUUCACUCUGUCCCUUCGGUGUUGGUAUUAGAGAGGUUCGACUGUAUCUUCAAACCUGUGGGCUUUUAUCAUAUCGCAAGUCUUCCUGUGUUUGGGUAGGAGGUAGCAGGUUAUGCAGAGGCCCUCUCUAGGGAUUUGCACUAUUUUAUUCCGCAGGCCAUUGAAGUGUGGCAUUGGGGAACAAACAAUUACUUUCUCCCCCACAAAGGCACCACCUGCCACAGUUGGUGACUUUGAGAGGAUUUGGAGAAAUUGAUCAGCCUUGUUGCAAAUAAGUGGACUAACCAUUAUCAAAUUGCUUUUUACAUUUGGAAACUAACAGAAAUGAAAGCUGUGAUGCACAUGUACAUGUAAUAUUAUCAAACCUCAAUUAACUCGCCUUCCUUAAUGAGGUUGAGCGCUUGCUGUCCAAACAUGACAUGGCAACUUUUAGUAAACUUACAUGUACAAGUGCCCCAGUCUGAUACUGCCUGUGUUUUUCUGAUUGGUAAGAAUUAUAGUGAAGUCAUUUUGUUCUUCACAAUGUGUUUUGGGUGUACAAGUAGCCUUGGUGGCCCAAAGGAUCUCAUUGGUUUUACAUGUAACCCCUGUCUGUCAUGGGCUGUCAACCAUUGAGAGUAAUUCCCCGAACCCACGCAGGAACUUGAAAUUUCUGGUUCCAGUUUGAUCGUGCACACACAAUCAAGUUUAAUGACAGUUUCUGAACAUGUCUAGAGAGGGUUGCUGCAGUAUCUAAUGCCUCCAAUUAAUCCCAGAGGUCUCAAUUUCUUGGUGCUGACCAAAAGGAUUGCAGCCUCUGGGAACUAGAUCUGCCAGAUUAAAUGAAUUUGCCCUGCCUCUGGUUUCUGUAAUUGUGUAGUUUUAUGGAAGAGGCCUAUCAGCUCUGAUCCCAAUUCUCAGGCGGUUGUUUUUGUAUUACCCAGACUUUUGGACCAACCUGGCAUGGUUAAGGUUACUUCCCACCUUCAAGGGCACAAAAAAUCGUUUUUUCUUUUAUUUUACAAAAUUUAAGUCAUCCAUUUUAUCUUCAGUUUACAAAAGAGAAAUAUUAAAAAUCUCGAAAAGCAGCCGAGUUAUUUAGAAAAAAUGUAUUUUCAAAUAAAGUUGAUAAACCAGGAAAGUGUCAUACAGUCAAAGCUCUCUUAACGGACACUCGUAAGCGGAGAGCUCUAUUUACGGCCGCCCUGUUUGAAACCCCGUUUUAUAAACUCCCAUACAAACUCUGUAUUUUUACAUUCUCGUAAGCGGACAUUCCCGUAAGCGGCCGCGGACACUUUCAGAGAUAAUGACUUAGACUUCUUCUUUGUUUGAAGCUCCCGUAAGUGGACACCCCAAAGAAAAUCCUAUUAACAAUCUCUGUCUGUAUCAAUCAACUUCACAUCGCCGUUCGUCACAAUGAGUUUUCAGUAAUUAUAGUCCCAUAUUUCAGUGUUUGUUUUAUUGUCAUCUAUGUCCGAUUACAUUUCGAAACAUUGGGCAAGCUCCCGUAAGUGGCCAUCUAUCCCCUACACCUCUAGUGGCUGCUUACGAGAACCAUUCUCGUAAGCGGCUAGCUCCAGUUAUGGACACUUUUUUCGCGUCCCGAGGGUGUCCGCUUACAAGAGCUUCGACUGUAAUCGCUUAAAUGGACGAAACCGCGAGGGGACCUUUUUGCGGCAAACGCUUAUCUUGGUGCUCGUAUUUCAUGUUGUUUGGCAUUGUUUAUAUCGCGCAUUUUUUCUUUUGCCUUUGGCUACUUUGCCCGUUUUAGUGUCUUUCUCUUCAAUGCCACAGCGAGAUAGAAAACGUGUUGUAAUGCGAUGCUUUUCCUGGGAAAUCCUGAUCAAUUGUCAAUGAGGUUAGGACGUCCUGUUGUUCAAUUGGUUUCUGAUUUCAUAAGGCGAGAUAAUCUCUUGGCAUGGCGCGGGUUAUUUUACGAACCUUUUCGAGCUAAAAUCUCGUGGUCAGUGCGUUCGACUCCGGAUUGAGUGGUCCGAGUUCGAGCCCUGGCCGGGGGCAUUGUGUUGUGAUCUUGGGCAAGACACUUUACUCUCACAGUGCCUCUCUCUACCCAGGUGUUAAAUGGGUACCGGAGAAAUUUAUGCUGAGGAUAAACCUGUGAUGGACUAGCAUCCCAUCCAGGGGAUAGUAGAAAUACUCCUAGUCACUUCAUGCUACUUGAAACCGGAGAUAAGUGCUGGCCUGGUGAGCCACGUGGCUCGUGUGCAGACUUAAUCUACCCAAUAUUUUUAACAGUGAUACAAAAGGUAAGAUGAAAUUCCUUUCUUACUUCACACAGGUAAUGAUGAAGAGCUUUAUGUAAACUCUGUACAGUGUAACUUGGAUUCAGAUGGCUGCUGCUGCUGCGCCUUCGCUCUUGGCCAGCUCUGGAGAGACGACAAAUGGAGCCAAGCUGAACAGACUUCUUAUUGAUGGCGGAACGACUGUUUUAAGGAAUGUUUUUGAUGGUUAUCAUUCUCCUCCAAACCUGGCUGCUGAUCUCCAUGUAAAUUACCCAACUCUAAAUACGCUCUUAAAGAAAAAAGUCUUGCGUACAGCUCAGUGGGACCAACUGUUCCCACCUGCUGGAGUUACACCAGACUCAAAAACAUUUGAUAUCACUCUACUAUUCGUCCUUCUGACCAACAUUUGUGGACUAUCCCCACCCCCGUUAGGUUGGCACGUUAUCCCACCUCCAAGUGAUAAUUCCCUUGAGGCAAACCUUGCUCGUGUUAAGUUUUUCCGCAAUGAAUUGUAUGGUCAUGUGUCCACCACUGCUGUUGAUACACCAACUUUCAAUGCUUUGUGGCAGGAAAUUAGUGCUGUUCUUGUUGCUCUGGGUUUGGAUCAGAAAGAAAUUGAUAGAUUGGAGGCAGAACAUUGUGGGGAGGAAGAUUAUCUUGACGUGCUACUUGACUGGGCCAAUAGUGAAGAGGACAUCAAGUCACAGCUGAAGGACAUCUGUCAAUAUCAGGCCACAACACAACAGAAGAUCGAGGAAGUACGCAAGACCCAACUAGAUGGCGACAAAAUACUCAAGGAUAGCAAGUCAAAACUGGAUAAAAUGCACCAGACCCAGAUCAACAUACAAGAAACUGUUGAGAAAGUAUGCCAGACUCAACUAGAAGAUGGUGAAGCACUUCAGGAUAGCAAGUCAAAACUGGAUGAAGUACGUCAAACCCAAACCUACAUACAAGAAACUGCUGACAACGUACGCCAGACCCAGCUAGAAGACCAUGAAACACUUCACGAGAGCAAGUCAAAAGUGGAUGAAGUUCUCCAAGCCCAAACCAAAACACAGUCAAAACUGCAAGAAUUACAUCAGACCCAGACCGAAACUUUGCAAGCAGUAAAGCAAGCUGUUGGCAGCUUGAAAGAGGGAAGAGACACAAACAGGGUAGAAGAGCAAGUCCUGCAGAAUCUUGCCAAGUCAGAGUUCAAAGGUGACAUCGAGUAUCAUGUAGGACGUUAUCAAGAAGGUACUCGUGAGUGGAUGUUCAGCAAAGUUGAAAACUGGUUACACAACAGAAAUUCUCAAAACCGCGUUAUGGUAAUCAGUGCAAAUGCAGGCAUGGGGAAGUCAGUCAUUUCUGCUGUUAUUUGCAAGAGAAUGCAGGAAGCUGGCAGACUGGCAGGAAGCCACUUCUGUCAGCAUAACAAUGCUCGUUACCGAAAUCCUCAGUUGAUGCUUCAGUCCUUGGCCUGUCACUUGUGCCAUGCUUUGCCAGAAUACAAAGAAGCUCUUGUGGAACAGCUGUCAAGAAAUCUGGGUAAAGAUCCUAACCACAUGGGUGUCGAGGAGCUGUUUGCACUGCUUUUUAAGGAACCUCUUAGCACUGUAGCUGACCCAGGAAGAAACAUGCUCAUGGUGAUUGAUGGCUUGGAUGAAAGUGACUUCCAAGAACGCAAUGAGCUACUUGAUGUCAUUGCCAACCACUUUUGCAGGCUGCCAUGUUGGAUUCGAUUCCUUUGUACGACCCGACCAGAGAGGAACAUUGAAGAGGCAUUGAAACAUCUGAAGCCAUUUCUGCUGGAAUCAAAUGAUGACAAGAAUAUGGAAGACAUCAAGUGGUUCUUGGAAAAGAGGAUGCAACAUGUUAUCAAAGCAGAAAAGCAAAGCGACAUCGUGGAAAAGCUUGUCGAAAAGUCUGAAGGGCUCAUGCUGUACGCAUACUUUCUUGUUUCGUUUGUUGAAGAGCAUGUGCCAGUUCUAGACCAAGGAGAUCUUGAUGAUAGCUUGCCACUAGCAAUUUCUUCAAUCUACAAGUCCUAUUUUAAACGUCUAGAGAACGAACUUAAGGAGCUGGGUGUCCAGGAAGAGAAUUUUCUUAAGCUGCUUUCCAUUGUUACUGCAUGCAGGGAGCCCUUGCCAGUUGGCUUUCUUUCCAAACUACUGGUACCCGAUGCUAGCUCAGGACCUGGAAAGCGGAAAGUACUUAAAGCUCUUAGCAGUGUGUCGUCACUUCUUCCUAUUCGUGAUGGCUGUCUUCACGUCAUUCACAAGUCCGUUAAAGACUGGUUGAUGGAUGCUUGUUCUUAUGGAGAGCAUGACUUCAUCAUGGAUGAGAAAGAAGGCCACCGUAUACUUGCCAGCCUCUGUGCCAAGGAACUCGAUCAUCUGAAGCAAAAAGGUGUACGUGACGCAGAGUUUAGCUCCACUGAGAAGUAUGCUCUACAUCAUGGUGUACGACACAUGUUACAGUUGGACGAGAAUAUGAGUUCAUGUAACCAAGAGAAAUGUGUGCAAACAUACGUGAUAGACUUAGAGCUUUUGUAUGCGAAGCUCUGUUUAAAAUAUUCAAUAGCAGCUGAAGAUAUUUUAUGGCUUCUAAGGCAGGAAAAUUCUCAAUUGCUUUCUGAAAAUAGCAAAGGUAUGUUGAGCACCUUAAUUUACCUGUUAAGAAAGUACUACAGCACAUUUACAGGUCAUCCUAGUGUAUUCUUCCAAACCGUGCUGAAUGAGGGAGGAUCAGUUCUAUCUUCUAUGGCAUCAAACAUGUUGCAGACCAAAUAUCCUGAUUUACCCUAUAUGGAAUUCAUGCACAAUCAGAUUCAGCAGGGAGCAGUUCAAGCGAGAUUUCAACAUUCAUCUUGUGUGGCUUGUUUUGAUGUUUCACCACAGUCAGACUACUUGGUGUGUGAAUGUGAAAAUGGAACAAUUCAGCUGUGGUCACUCCUUACAGGCAAACUAGUUUGGGAACGUCCUGUGAUGAUCAAUAAAACUUUCUACUUUGAGGCAUUUAGAAAAGUGCCAUCAUCACCUGUCCUUUCACACUAUCGCUCAGUUGUUUUUCAUCCUACCAUGGAGAUUGUUUUACCUGGAGUUCUCAGCUGUGCCUAUGGUAUGGAUGGUGACCUAAUACCACUUUUUCCUGAAAGCAAAUGCAGUUUCACAGUGUGCUCAGUCUCGGGAGACAAGACAUCUAUCCUAACUGAUUGCCGUGAUGAUGCGAGGUGCAUCAUUUUGUGGAGUGUGAUAAAUGGCACAGAAAUUAGUCGCACUACCAGAUGUAAAGAUGUCUUGUCUUUUGCAUGGUCUCAGGAUGCAAGUCUCCUAGCAAUUUCCCAUUCAACCGGUUUAAUUUGUCUGGUUGAUGUUGGAACUGGUUUUAGAACACUAGCAGAAAUGACUACCUCAGAAGUAUGUGGAAUGAUAAAAUUUGCACCAGACCAUCGAUUCAUUUAUUGUAAGCACACACCAGUGCCUAAACGCUUGUGUCAUAACGACCAUUUCCUUUUUUGUCUAAAUGUAAAUAAUGAAAAUGACUGUACCUUUUCACUAGAUGUUUUUUAUGACAGAGUUUCUUAUGUACCCUGGAAAUUCGAAUCACAUAGUAAGUUUGGCUUUUUGUUAGGGGAUCCUAUUUUAUGCGUAUUUGAUGGCUUCACCCAGAAGGCUGAGGGAGUUGCAUUUUUACUAACUGAACAAAGUGUAUUAAUUUCAUAUAGAAAUAAUAGAAAAAUGAUAGAAAUGUUGAAUGUUAAUGAAUUAACGAGCGGGCAAAAGCUGCAUCGCGCACCCACAAGUCUUGGAAAUAUUACAAGUGUAAACAAGGUUGUAUUUUCUCUAGAUGACGAGUUUAUUUAUGUUGUCAGUGGUACAGCAGUAGAAACAGUUAGCGCACUGGACAUUUCUAGUGGGAAGCUCAAAGCUGAGAAAAGCUUUGGGACAAUAACUGAUAUUGUGCCUGUAAGUGAAGGUGUUCUGUUCUCAACAACAAACCAUACCCUCGAACUGUGGAACUCUCAGCUCUCUGUGUGUGUCUGCACAUGGCCCAACUUACCAAGAAGCGUGUAUGUGACCCCGUUAUCAGAAGACCUAGUGGCAUAUGUAGAUUGCACAUACAGGAGCAGUAAACUUUGGAAGCAAGUGACUUUCCUGGAUACGAAUGAUGGAGAAAUAGUAUCAACAAUGCGCCUUUCUUGUGAUGAAGAGUUUGUGGCAAGUAACAGGAAAUGCCAGGUGAUAACCGUGAAGAACUUUCGCUCCCUUCGUUUGCUUGAUGGCCAAGCUAUACUGUGGUGUAGAGAUUCUCCUUAUCAUGGUCGUUUUUCCUGUGAAGGGUUGUUUUCUCCUGCAGAACAGUAUUUAAUUUUAUUUCAGUUGGGGGGUGAAGGUGCACAUGUCCUUGACACAGUUUCGGGGAGAACACUACACUUUUUAUGUAGAGACAAGGUGAUCAAACACUGUAAAUUUCUCAGUGACGAGGAAUGUGUUGUCUGCUCUGAGGAGUCCACAAGGCAUCAUUUUCUUCGACUAUUAAAUGUCAAGUCUGGUGACCAGCUAAGUGUAAUUGAUAUGGAAAGCAAAGUGAUUUGUUUAAACACUAAUCCUCGUAAGCAGCUCAUCGCCAUUGGUUUGGAGCAAUCCAAAGACAAUUUGAAACUCAUCCAGGUGAAGUUGCCAGGGAGUAAAGAAAGCAGAAAGAGUCAAAGGAUGACCAAUGCACCAGAAAUUCCAGCGAGAACAGGAAUUAAGAGGAUGACCAGUGCACCAGAGAUUCCAGCGAGAACAGGAAUCAAGAGGAUGACUAACACACCAGAGAUUCCAAAGAGAACAGGAAUCAAGAGGUUAGAAAUUUUAGAAACGUUUGUGAUACACCCUCUACCUAAAUUUUCUUUUGUUUUCCAUCCUGAAGAAGACAUUGUCUUACCAGGAGUCCUUAGCCAUGCCUAUACUUUUGACGGAGAUCUGAAAGCAUUGUUUCCGCAAAGCCUCUGCCGUUUCACAGUUUGUUCAAUUUCAGGAGACAAGACCACGAUGCUGACUGAUUGCCCAGACGACGCAAAAUGCAUUAUUAUGUGGAGUCUGAAAAAUGGUACAGAGAUUACUCGGACUACCAGAAAUGAUGAUGUUUUAUCUUUUGCGUGGUCACCAGAUGGAAGGCUGCUGGCUAUUUCCCAUUUAACGGGUUUAACCUGUUUUGUUGAUGUCAGGGAUGGAUUUAGAACAGUAGGAGAACACCAUUUUGAAAACUAUGAAGUUUGUGGAAUGAUUACGUUCUCACCUGACUGUCGAUCUGUCUUUUGUUUUUGUAGCGCAACUGGUCAGUUUUUUCGAUCGUAUCGUUUGAAUGUCAAUAUAGCGGAACACCCCAGCUGUACUCAGUUAGAUGAUUUUCGUAGCUUGUCGGCUUUGCAAUUGGAAUCACCCAGUGUGGCUGGCUUUUUGUUAGGAGAUCCUCUUACCUGCUGGGAUUGGUCGUUUCAUUUUGUGUUAGAUACGCUAUCAGUAUUAAGAGGUAAUCCCUUUCGUACUUUCGUAGAGAUGUUGAAUAUAAGUGGACCACGGAGAAAUGGUUCUUACGAAGUACUUCCUCCUUUCCGGGUUUCGCCCCUACCGUCGAUUAUACCAGAACCACGUUUUAGCAAGACGAGAAACGUCGCAUUUUCCUUGACUGGAGAGACUAUUUAUGUUGUCAGUGAUGAUGAAAGGUACAGAACAGCUACGGCUUGGGACGUUUUAAGGGAGAAACCCGUUGGCCAGGUCGGUGUAUUCAUGUAUUCAUGUCUUGAAGCUCGCAUGAAAGAAGGUGUCAUACUAUCAACAGCAAAUGGUUGUCUUGAGAUGUGGAAUUUUGAAUUGUCAAACUGCAUCCGACGCUGGCCUGACUUGGUUCAACCCAGGAUAUUCACACAGAUACAUGUAGUCCCCAUAUCAGAAGAGCGGAUGGCGUUAAGUAGUGGAAACAUAGUGAUCAUCCUGAAUACCACAACCUCAGAGAUCGUGUCGAUUCCAGUUGAUCGUGGAUAUUUUCUCACAUGUAACAGCAAAUGUCAGCUGUUAACCUGCAGCUCCGAUUCAUUUCAGUUGUUAGAUGGACAAAUUACUCUCUGGAAAACCCAUUUCCGUACCCCCGGGAGAAGUUUUCUCCGUCCCCUAAGCGGAGAUUUUCUCCAGGCAGAUUCCAUCGGAGCGUUUUCACUUUCUGAACAGUUUGUUGUCAUUUUUGCCGAAACAGAAGAGGGUGACCGAGGAAUGUACGUCCUUGAUGCAUUUUCAGGAGGGGUAUUACGUAUUUUAUGCCAAGGCGUUGAUUUUUGUGAUUUCCAAUUUGUCAGUGACGAAGAAUGUGUUAUCCUCUCCAAGGCUGUCUCAGGUUCUACUCUUCAACUACUUAACGUUGAGUCUGGUGACCUGUUGAGUGUAAUCGACCUGGAAGGAGAAAUGUUUCAUUUCGCAGUCUGUCCUCGUAAACGCCUGGUCGCCAUUCACCGAAUUGACUCUUACCGCGGACUUAAACUUAUCCAGGUGCAUUUGCCCCGAGAUAAAGACAGCAGGAAGAACAAAAGGAUGCUGGCCAACGCGCCACAGAUCAAAAAGAGCUCAGGAAAUAAGAGACGAUGCCGGCCAACACACCACAGGUCGAAAGGAGCUCAGGAAAUAGGAGACGGAAACGUGGACAAUACCAGACAAGAUGCGUGCUUGUGUAGUGAUGGCUGAAUGACGUCGCUGCUUGAAUAUUACGACUGUGCACAACCUUUGCAUGUUACGUCCGAGCCUGCGGGACAGACUGUUUCCGGUCACAGCGGAGAGCGUAUGGAAGGAGUGAGUAGUGGGUACGAACCUCGCGUUUCUUGUUUCAAGAAGAAGUACACCUAGAGUUUACCGUCGUUAUGACCCCAGCAAACCUCACCCUAUGUUCCAUGGACUCUCCUCACAAUUUACCAUGUCAUUGAUUUUAAAGGAAGACGCUGGAGCAGGCUCAAAACAAGCAUUGGACUACACGGCUUCCUAACGAGGGCUGCAUUAUAACUGAACACGUCAAAGAUAAAACUAGAAUCUUUUCUCGAUACUAUGACAGAAAACGUUCAAAACAGCAACAAAUAUGAACACAGUUGUAGAAUAAAUCACCGCCUACUUAGUAAACUUUAAAAUAAGUUCAAUAACUCGGGAACACAGCUUGCUGGAAGUAACCUCUCUUCCAAGUCAUUGCUUCAAAUAGGUCUAAAACAAUUCGUUCCCGUUGGGGCUGACUCUUUUGUUAAACUAUGCGACAUAUUUUACGAUGUUAAACUCAGUAGCAAGAGCAAUUAUUAUCUUAGUUAAAUUUGAGUAGUGUUCAAGGCUAUCUUUGUAAAUAGUGGAUGCGACCCAAUUUAGUGUCCAGUUUACCUUGAGCAGCAUCUCAAGUCAGUUGUAUAUACUCGGAGAAAACUUGGCACGUUUUUUGACUUCGUAAAUUAGAUAAGAUUUUUUUACUUCUAGAGUUAGCAGUAAAGACGUAAUCAGCAUGUGAACCACCAUGCUUUGCGAUCUUUUCUAUGCAGUUCCCGCCAUGUUGUUUAGAUAUUAAAAGCAAGUAAGAAGCGA